AUGAUCGCGCGGUGCCGGGUCAAUUUACUAAAAAAGAUAAAGGACAAAAUACCCUACGGAGUUAAACAAAGCCAACAUUACAAGGAUGCCAAGAAGCAGGAAAGGUUAUCCCUUGAGGCGAACAGAAAGUUAAAAGAAACCCGAGGUAUGCUUCUGGAUGGGAAGAAAAACUUAUUUAUGAGUUUGCGGCAAAAUAGUGACAUUAAUUGGUAUCGGGCGGGUCAAAUAUUGAAGCAUCUGGAGAUUCAUCAGAGAGCCAAACCGGAAAUUACGCCAAAGUUACGUGAGAGAAUUACCAACAUUGCUAAUUUUGUCAAAAGGGGAAGAUAA